ACAGAGCUAAUGAGAUGAGAGAGGUGGUAUGGACAUACCUUCAUGCCAUUUUCAGCCUUCAUUCUGGAGGUGCUGAAGUUGCAGUGGCCUCCAGCCCCGUUCCAGUCUCCCGGCAUGGGUUUGGGGUCCAGUGUCACUAUCACUCCGAAAUCCUCCGAAAUAUGUGGCUGCAGGUACCUGGAGACCCAUAGUUCAUCUCCCAUGGCAGUCCCCGGACAAGGUCCAACCUGGUACUCCCACUGAGCUGGCAUCACCUCUGCAUUGGAGCCACUCACACACAGCCCUGCGUACAGACAGGCCUUGUAGUGGGCCUCUGAUAUCU